AUGAGUAGCAGAUCAAGACAUCCCGUAAGAUUAGCUCUUAAUUCUCACGGAACACUAGAACCAACUGCCAUACCGUCUUUGGUCACCACUCCGUCUAAGUCUUCACAUGAGUUGGAUUCACUCUCACUAUAUGUAGGAGACUCUAACUUUGACAGCGAAUUAUUUGAAUUAACUUCAGUUUCGUAUGAUGUAAAAGACUCAGCAUCUUUGUAUAUAUCAAGAAAAUUCGAAGAGAUUCUACUGGUAUCACAGAAGCACUUAAUUUUAAUAGACUUUACCACAUCCUCUACCACGAGUGUUUCUUCACAAGUUGGUCAAAUCUCGAACUUGAAAGAUUUACAAUCUUCAGACGCGGUCGUAAUUAGUUUAGAUGAAUCUAUAAUUUACCAUGUCACUGCCGACGGAACAGAAAUAAAAUCCAAAUGUAAUGUGCCAAGUUCUCCUGUUGAUGAUGACCUUCAUCAGAACCCGCCAGUAGUUUCAACACGACUCUCCGUGAAACUCGUUUUAGCUGAUGUAGCUCAACAUCUCAAGGCUAGUAGUAUAGUCCAAGCAUGUCAAGGUACUGACGGGCCAGUAAACCUAGUAAAGAAAAUAAGAAGUGGUGAGAAGCUCAAUGUGGAAGAAGCUGGCCAGAUUGCCCUUUGCAUGAACCUUCAAGCCGGUGUUAUGAACGAAAACGGUGAUAUCUUUACUGAUAACUUACGGCCUAAAUUAGAAAGGCGUCUAGGAUAUUCUAAAGCGAAAAUCGUAAUCGACGAUUGUGGAACACGAAACGGAAAUAGUGUAAAAGAGGUUGCGCUUAAUUUUGUUAAGUGUAUGCAAAAAUAUUUAGGUUUCUUUGAGUAACUAAUGCUCACAAUAUUUUGUAAAUAAUAGAAUAUUUAAAUACAACUGUAAAUUAUUUUUUAAUAACCGUUAUGAAUUAUAAUAUAAUCUUAAAUUG